AUGACGGGCCGACUACUAGUACUAGCCUUGCAGCCCCUUUUCUCCCGCCCUUCGACUCCCUUCACCCUCCUCUUCCCCCCCCCUCCCUCCCCCUCCCGCUCGCCCGUGCCCUCCCCUCCCGCCCCUUCCCCCCUCUCCGCCCUCCAGCCUGGCACUCUGGAGCCGAGUAGCCCCGUUCCCUUCCCCCCCCGCUCCCCCUUCCCGUCCCCCCCCCCUUCCUUCCCCCAGCCUGGCAGCUCUGGAUCUGGCAGCUUGAAGCAGAGCGGCCUCUCCCCCAUUUCCGCCGCAACCCUUCCACCCGCCUCUUCUUCCCCUCACCCACAUUUCAGCUUUCCCCCCCUUCCCCUCUCCCUGUUCCCAUCCCCCCCCCCUCCCCACUCUCCCCUCCCCCUCCACUCCCCCCUCCCCCCUCCCCCCCCCCUCCCCUCCUCCCUCCCCCCUCCUCUCCCCCUCCCACCUACCCCACCUUUUCCAGCCUGGCAGCUGUGGAGCCGAGCAUCCACGUGGGCGUUCAUGGGGGGGAAGGUUCAUCCCCCUCCCUCUCUUCCCUCUCCCCAUCUUCCCCCCCUUCCCCCUCUUCCUCAAUCUCUCCUCCCCAUUCCUCCCCAUUCCUCCCCUACCCCACUUCCUCCCCUCUCCCCCCUCCCCCACCCCCUCCCCCACCCCCUCGCCCGCCUCUUUCCAGUCUGGCAGCUGUGGAGCCGAGCAUCCACGUGGGCCUUCAUGGGGGGGAAGGUUCCUGGAAUCGGGGCAAGCGUGGGGGCCAAUGUGACGAUCCCAUGUGGCAGGGCGGUGCUUCUGGACGUGCCACGUGUCAGCCUGGGAUUGCUCGUCGUAAAGGGCUGGCUGAGAUUGCUGGACAACCCGUUUGUACCCUCUAUAAGCGUCCAAGCCCGGUUCAUUAUAGUGUACGGUCGCCUAUCUGUGGGCACAGAGAAGCACCACUUCAGCUCCCAAGCCACAUUCACGCUCGUCCCAAACCUCAGGUUUGGGAGGUCCGAGUUCUUGCUUCGGCAGCCAGCUCCGGCCGAUCCUGCCCACCCUCGCAGCCUCGGGCACAAGGCGUUCGUGGUGGUGGGCGGUCAGGUGGAUUUCCACGGCAUGCCAGGUGGCGCAAGCACACUCGCAUGGGUCCGGCUGGCCCGACGGGCCAAUAAGGGCGCGCGGCAGAUCACUGUAGACGCUGACGUCAGCGCGUGGCCCCGAGGGGGCGUGAUUGCAGUGGCGAGCACGACGCCAGACCUGAAUAAUGCCGAAAAGGCAAUCAUUACCGGAGUGAGGAGAGUCGGCCCAUCCACCAGUGUAAUAUCUCUUUACCGCCAUCUGAAGCACUUGCACAGCUGGGAGAGGCAUACUGUGAGGGACGGGUUUGGAGUCGUCAGGCCCUUCUCUUACUUCUCAACAAUGCACUUCUCUUACUUCAUUCUGCCUCUCCCCGUCCCACUCACAGUGAGGAGGGUUGGCCCAUCCAGCAGCAUCAUCUCCCUCUACCGCCCUCUGAAGCACUCGCAUGACGGCAAGAGGCAUGCUGUGAGGGACGGGUUUGGAGUCGUCAGGCCCUCAACAGUGAGGAGGGUUGGCCCAUCCAGCACGUGCAAGUGCUGGGACGGGGAGAGGCACUUCUCUUACUUCCUUCUGCCUCUCCCCGUCCCACUCACAGUGAGGAGGGUUGGCCCAUCCAGCAGCAUCAUCUCCCUCUACCGCCCUCUGAAGCACUCUCACGAUGGCGAGAGGAAUGCUGUGAGGGACGGCAGCAUCAUCUCUCUCUACCGCCCACUGAAACACUCCCACGAUGGGGAGAAGAAUGCUGUGAGGGACGGGUUUGGCGGCACCGUGGACGUUCGAGCGGAGGUGGCGCUGCUGACACGGAAUAUUGUUAUUCAAGGGGUGCAUGAACAGCCUCCAUACCAAUACGAUGGCGGCCACUUCAUGGUCUACAUGACUCGCACGCCCCAGACGAUUCAUGGCGUGCAGUUCAAGGGGCUGGGGAUGCAGGGCAGCUUGGGAAACGAUGCAUUGUGGUACUCGACUCAAAAGGGGGCGCUGCUCACUGCUCUCUCACACUCUGCUUUUGAGUCGACUCAAAAGGGGGCGCUGCUCACUGCUCUCUCAUACUCUCAUCCCCUCGCCUAUCGAUGCAUUGUGGUGCAUGCUACCUCGCGCGUGACUAUUGCCGAUAAUGUGGCGUAUGAGACAAGGGGGCAUUGCUUUGUGUUGGAGGAGGGCAGUGAGGCGAGGAACACGUUCAUCCGCAACCUGGGCAUGAGCACACGCGCUGUGCAUCAGCUUAUUCCACCCGCCUCUCUUGCUAAGUUGGACCGCCAGACGGACGACAAGCCGUCCACGUUUUGGCUAGCCACGCCCUUCAACAGCUUUGUCGGGAACGUGGCUGCUGGGUCGGAGGAUUCCGGCUUCUGGAUGGAGCUAAACAAGCACAUGAGGGGUCUGUCCAAGAAUCUGCCCUAUUGGAAAAAACUCUCCCCCAUGACGCUCGCCUUUGGGGUCUUCACAGCCAACGUGCUUCACUCCAACGCCCUCUUUGGCCUCCGCACCUACCCGCACGGCGCCCGGCCCAUGUUUCCUUCACGAGGGAAAGGAAGAGAGUCAAUACAAGUGCGCAUCUCUCACUCUCUCAUCUACAGCAACCCCAUCGGCGUAUUUCUGUACAACAGCCAGAGCAUCACCGACGGCCACUCCACCUUCGUCAACACCCACAUUCCAUUUCUUUCUUACUUUCCCCGUCUACCAACCACCCACCACCCUCCUUCCCCCCUUCCCAGCGUAUUUCUCGUAUUCCUGUACAACAGCCAGAGCAUCACUGUCAGCCACUCCACCUUGGUCAACACCCACAUUGCCAUCAAUCCUGAACCGCAACUCUCUCUCCACCCAUCCUUCCCCCCCACUCCCCCUCCCAGUGUAUUUCUGUACAACAGCCAGAGCAUCACCGUCAGCCAGUCCACCUUUCUGAACAACCGCGUCGCCAUCGACCUCAACCGCAACUUUGGGAUUCUCAUCCUUGCCUGCACCUUCAUCGGCCGCACAGUUUGCAGCAGCCACUCCACCUUCCUCAACAACCGCGUCGCCAUCGACCUCAACCGCAACUUCGGCAUUCUCAUCCUGACAUGCACCUUCAUCGGCGGCACCACCUGCAGCAAAUCCUCCGGAGGGUCAACACCGUAUGAUGCUGCAUCGACACACCUCAUGCCACCAACCCCGCCACAGCUACUGCCGUCAACACACGCGCUCAUGCCAUCAACACACGCACCAACACCGCUCAUGCCGUCAACACACGCACCAACACCGCUCAUGCCAUCAACACAGGCAACACCACAGCUACCAGCAGGAGCAGCAUCGUCUAGCCUGCACAUUGAAGCUGCUACUAACGAGGAUGAAAUGGAAGGGUACACGACGUCGAACUGGCAGUCGCCUGGUCUGAUGCUAACAGCGCCACAGUACAGUAUGGAGGAUGACUAUAACGAGGAUGAAUAUAGCGAGACAGCUGAAGCAGCUACUAAAGGGGUUAUGGGAAGGGGAGGGAAGUGGGGAUGGAGGAAGAGGAGGGUGCGUGGAGAGAGCAAUGGAUCAACUUAUAAAGCGGAUGAGGGAGAUGACGAGGGGGUGGGUGAAUCUACUGCUAAAAUUCUUAGCACUUAUCUAAAGGAUGGGUCAGCUUACAAUGAAGAUCAAUUAGUUUACAAUGACGAUGAAACGGCUUACAAUGGUAGUGAGGAUGGCCAUGAGGUAGACGAAGAGGAAGUGGAGGACGAAGAGGAGGAGGAAGAGGAUGAUGGGGGUGGGGAGAUCGAGGCGGUGCAGAGGGUGAAGGAGAUGGCGACGAGGGGGCGAGUGGCUGCGGGGUUCUUCUAUUCGCGGGACGGCGGCACGUUCAAGAGCCCCAUUGGCGUGAUGCUGAGUCAAGUGAAGCUGAGCGGCAUGCUGGAAGCUAAUAGGGUGGUGAACAGCAGGUGA